CCGCGGGCCCGGCAGUAACUUGGCAACCGAGAAAGCGCCAAAAAAAAGAGAAAAGAAAAGGAAACGGACAGCCGCCCGCAACCAAGAAACAAAAAGAAAAGAAACUGCCAAAAAACACCACCAAGCACAAGCAAACAAACCAUCGCCACCCAACCUUUUUGUGUCUGUGUGUGUGUGUGCUUUUUUUUUGUUUAAACGGGGAGGGCUUUUCCAAGUACAACGCAUCUGUGACAAAAUCGUCCACCUCCUACCCCUCCCCCGUCGUGGCGUCCUUCCUCUCCGCCUCGUAAAGCCGUGGACACCCUUUUUCCGUCGCUUGAUCAGUGUGUGCGUGCGUGCGUGUGUGUGAUCGGCGGGAAGGCGUGCGGAGGAAGGCAAAAUUUUUGGCGAGAUCUGGAGACACACCGACAACAUAUUGCAAAACCGCGUAUUGCUUGCCGAAUAAAAAUUCGUCACAAAGUCCCCUCCCCCCCCGCGCCCGGCAAAACGGAUCGCAAUUAAAAGGGAGAAGCCCUGUGUUCGGUUGCGUGUGUGAGUGUAUGUGUGCGUGUGAACGUGCGUGAGAUUAGUUGUUUUUAGUUGUUGUAUAAAAAUUUUAAAUAAGUUACUUGAAGCAGUGGUUGUUGUGCGGCUGUAAAAGUAGUUACCAAAAAAAAAACAACCCCCCCGGGAGGGUUGUUGUCACCACCAACAACAACAGCAACAAAAUCGGGCGCGAAUUGUUUCGUUCUUCCGUAUCCCUUUCCUCCUCCUCCUCCUCCUACUCCCUUCUCCCUUCGCCAGCCAUUUUUCCUUUCCCACCAAUAUUCCUGCCAGCACGUUCCGAAACAGUUGCAUCCGUCGUCCAGUUCCUUCCUGCCGGCGCAAUGCGUGAUGCAAACGUGGUGAUGCAAAGCGCAUAGAAGCGGAAGUAGAGGAAGAAGAAACAGUGUGAUCCUCGCCACCUCGCCACCCACCAACACCAACAGCAACAACAACAACAACAACAACAACAACAAUACUCUACAUCACCAACAAACAGCCAACAAGUCAACCAGAAAAGCAGAAAAUUCACCAACAACGAGAAGCGGAUUAUUGACACCCAUUGUCGAGGCCCUCCAAACCGUUAUUACCGCCGCAUCCAGGAACAGCACCGACACCGGCAUCAUGGACCAGCAAUACUGUCUGCGCUGGAACAAUCAUCAGUCUAAUUUAACCACCGUGCUCACCACGCUGCUGCAAGAUGAGAAACUGUGCGACGUCACGCUGGCCUGCGACAAAGGAAUCGUUAAAGCACACCAAGCCAUUCUGUCCGCUUGCAGUCCGUACUUCGAGCAGAUAUUCGUCGAGAACAAGCAUCCGCAUCCGAUCAUCUACCUGCGGGAUGUGGAGGUGAACGAGAUGCGCGCCCUGCUCGACUUUAUGUACCAGGGCGAGGUGAACGUAGGCCAGCACAAUUUGCAAAACUUUCUCAAAACGGCCGAAAGUCUCAAGGUACGAGGACUGACCGAAAGUAGCGCUGACCGGUACUCGGCCGACGCGGACAAACUGCGCUCGGAGCGGAUCCGGGACUCACGGGAUGAGCGCGACGCCCUGACGCUACCAAACGCGUCCAACAACAAUAACAACACGAUCAGCAGUAACAACAACUCCCUGCAUCAUGGGCCGCUGCGCGACAAAGAGCUUAGCGAACACGACCAGCUUGAGCGGCUCCAGCAGCAUCAGCAGCACCAGCAAACGCACCAACAGCAGCAACAACAGCAGCAGCAGCAGCAGCAACAACACCAGCAGCAGCAACAGCAGCAAACGACGCAUCAGCAAACGACGCAUCAGCAAACAACGCAUCAAACACACCACCACCAUCAUCACCAGCACGGCGGUUCCGGUGCGACGGUACAGCAACAGCAACCCUCCCGGAGUGCGAGCAUCGAUCUGAUGCAGUCCGCCCUGGUGGACGAUCGCGACUACCUGCCCGCGGAGGAUCGCGAAAUUAGCACGGUAGAGAAUAAGAAGAAACGUAAAAUGUCCACCACCUGUGAUAACUCUUCGCCCUCGACGCCCUCCCUGAUGAACGAACGGCAAGGAGGAUAUGAAUCACAGGCAUCGUCACACAGUAGCUUCAAGCAGAGUCCCAAACCGGACGACGAGUUCAAGGUGAGCUCACCGGCACCAGUGCAUCCGCUGGCGGGCCAUCCGCUGAGCGGCAUCAAGCAGGAGCUGCCCGAACUACCAGUGCGCCAUUCGCUGUCCUCCGACCUGAUGCAGAAAAAUGUUUGGGGAGACGAAUCGAAAGCACAACCGUCUGCAUCGAUCAUGUCAGCUUCACCGUCAUCAUCGGCUUCACCGGCGACGUCGACGGCGGCGACGACGGCCACAGCGAUGGUGGCGGCUGCGGCUGCGGCGGCAACAUGCACCGUCGUGCCGCCGCUCCCCACCAUCACCACCAACACUACCACCGCUACUACCAGCUCCUCCGCCUCCCCGCUCCCUCCGUCCCUUUCGCUUUCCGCCGUACUGCGUACCGGCGCCACCAUCUCCACCUCCUUUUCCGCUUCCUCCUCCUCAGAGGCGCAGAGAACAUUGGCCAGAGGUGGAGGAGUAGGCGCAGGAGUAGGGGCAAUGGGUGGCGGUGUUGGUGGGCACCGGCAGGUCGGGGCACUGGCGACGCGGUAUACGCAGCCGAAGCGCUCAUUACUGCUCUCGAACGCCCUGCAGCUCGAACCGCCGGCAAAGCGAAGCGCAUCGUCACCCGCCCAAGGAACGAUAGCACCAGGCGAAGGAGUUGGAGCAGGCGUAGAUGCAGGAGGAAUUGGCGAUGAGACGAAUGCUGCUGCUGCAGCCGCCGCCGUCGCACUCGCCUUCGCGAACUGGCCGGGGGGCAAGUCCUGCCUGCAGCGCUAUCUGCUAGCGCAAAAGGCUCAACGGACGGGUAGUGGUGGUAGUGUUGUGGGUGACGUUGGUGUUGGUAAUGCCGGUGGAGACGGAGGCGGUGAUAGUGUCGAGGGUGGUGGCAAGGGUAAUCUGUUGGCAGGGAUAUCACACUCAUCGUUGCUAGCCGCUGUUGAAGCCCUGCACAGCACAGCCUGCACUAGAGCUGCCGAUGGUGAUGGUGGUGUUGGUGGCGAUGGUGGUAGUGGUAGUGGUAGUGUCAUGCAGACCGAAGUCGACACCCAAACAGAUGCAUUCUUUGAGUCGGGAUACGCGGUAACAACCGGUGGCGGUGGUAAAGCCUCACCGUCCGCCACCAUUACGUAUCGGACCGCUACCAGCGGUGCCGGUACCGGCACGAAAGCUUACGGUGCGGGUGGUGGUGGAGGCAAGAUGGUUGCAGCAACUACCAGCUCGCGCAAGGGUGGCCGUUUUCGGUUGAACUGGCUCGACCAGUUCGAGUGGCUUAAGUACGAUGAGGAAAAGAACUACAUGUUCUGCACGUACUGUCGCCGUUGGAGCGGCGACAUACCGGACAUUAGGACGUCAUUUGCCGAGGGUAAUUCGAACUUCCGGCUCGAGAUCGUGAACCACCACGACAAGUGUAAGGCACACCGGCUCUGCACCGAGCGGGAAGCGACUGAGGUGCGCCGGGCCACCACCAAACCGAAACCGUCGGUCUGUGAUAGUGGUGAGAUGUCUACUGCUACUACUACUGCUGGUACUGCUGCUACUGUCGCUACCACCGCCUCACCAGAUGGUGCCACACCUUGACAAUCACCAUUCCGUCUUCACCAAAUCCCCUUCCCCACACUACGCCAACCGGCGUACUUCGGUCGCACGCAGGGAAACAACAAGGGAGAUGAACGCCAUCUAAAGCUCAGCUGCAUAGGCACGCUAUGCAGCAGUAUCUGGGAAUUGGGGAUUCACAUCGUGCGGUCCGGCAAGAGAACGCGCACCACCGUGCCAAUAUUUCUACUGUACUACACUAACAGUGGCCAUAUUUGAGGUUUUGUCAUGCCUCACAAAUCAACAAAAAAAACUAGUGCAGCUUGCAAAAACGUACGACACGACACACGCAUGGAACGUCUACGAGUGAAAUUUGAUUACGUUUUUUUUUUCCUUAGUUAAGCAUAUCUAAUUACAAGACACGUGGUGUCAUUAUACUAGGUGUUGUACUACUAGGUAGUGUUGUACCUCGAAGAAACUACUUUUGUCGCGCAAGGAAACAACAAGACGCAAUUUUGAAAAUAAAUGUGAACUUUU